AUGGCCGACGACGAACCACUUAUUCCAAACGCGUCUGUUAGAACCAGUCACAUAGGGAAAACACAUAGUGGAAGAUGGUCGUUUGUAAUUGUCGGUUCCGUGUUAAUGAUACAUAUGUUUUCGUAUAUUCUAAAUAUGUAUGUGCUAAACGAAUAUGCUUACUUAGCUAUAACGAAAGAACAAUAUCCGAAUGGAAUGGACGAUGAUACCGGUAACGGGACAGGGUGUGCGUUAAAUACAAGUACAAAUGCCUACAAGCAACAACUAAGAGUUCAAGAACUACAAUCAAAAUGGUCAAUAUAUUGCACACUUGCGUCAAAUAUUCCAUCCAUAUUCGUCAGUAUUAAUAUCGUGUCGUAUAGUGAUGUGUACGGAAGAAAAUUAUUUUUCCUGCCACCUCUUCUAGGGACGAUGCUUAAAAGCUUACUAUGCUCUAUUGGAAUAUACUAUGAAUUAACUAUGAACUGGUUUAUUCCUUUUUUCAUGGUUGAAGGUUGUGGCGGUCUGUGGAUUGCAUCACUUGCUAUGACUCUUUGUUUUAUAUCUGAUCUUACUAAAGGCGGGAAACAAAGAUCUUUUGCUAUUGGGGUUAUGGAGACAAGUUUUGAAGUCGGAUCAUUAUUAUCAUCAUUAUUAUCUGGUUAUCUUAUAAAAUAUACAAAAGGAUUUCUUAUUCCCGUGUUAUUAUCGGAGAUCGUUACUAUUUUAGGAAUUGUUGUUGUUUUACUACUUCUACCGGAAACGCUUCCGCUUUCUAAAAGACGACCCGCCACUCCAAUUAUACAUAAUAUGAAAAAGAUGACCGAUUUUUACACGUCAAAGGUAUCUUCUAUGGCAAACAAAUGGCUUUUCAUUCUUGCAAUUAGUAUUUUCAUUUUAACGGAUUUCUCACUUGGAAGUGGUAACGUGACCAUGUUGUACGAGCUAGGUUCGCCAUUCUGCUGGAGUAAUGUAAAAGUAGGAAAUUUCGGAACCAUAGAGACUCUUGUUGGAUGUGUUGCAUGUAUACUAAUGAUAAAGUUAUUUCAUCUUUGCACCACAGACCAAGUUAUUGCUCUUGUCGGUAGUGUCACUUCUGCGUUGUCGCUGAUAUGGCAAGGGUUUACCAAUAAUAGCUUAAUGCUGUAUUUAGUACCUGUUAUUGGUGUGGGAAGUACCUUAGCAAUGCCGAUGAUGAGAGGUACAAUGUCUAAACUGACACCACCUGAUCUGCAAGGUUCGUUAUUUGGAAGUAUGGCUGCAGUUGAAGCCAUAGUGAAUAUGACUGGUUCGGUCACUGCUAAUGCAAUAUAUAGAGCCACGGUAGAGGUUUAUAAAGGAACAAUUUUCUUUGUGAACGCCGGGUACAAUGUAGUAGCCAUCAUUCUUUGUUUAAUGAUACCGAAUGUAUCCAUCAUCGAAGAGCUAAAUGAAGUGCAAAACUCGACUGACGAAACAUCAUCUGUGACACCUCGACAUGACAAUGACUAUAUCGAUCGAAGUAUUCCAAACUGGAUAUGGAUUUUGGUAAUAACAAUAGCAAUUACUAUUGUUGUUUGUUUAUGUGUACUUAAAUUUGUCAACUCGCGUUUAACUCAUUGGCAGAAGUUCAAUGAUCGUGGAUGCAGUUAUGACGUCACUACUUAUCUUGUUAUAGAAAAUGAGUAUGAACAUGUACAGGAUAAAGAACCGGUAAAGAAGGGAAUUCAAAGAAAGAUCGACAACAGAAUAUUGAAUGUUACAAAACAAUACACCAGUGAUGAAUGUAGUCAUAACAAAAAAAAUAGAGGGAAGGCAUGCAGACGGAAAGUAGAAAAGUUCAGAAAAGUAGACAUGAACAAAAAAUUCAGCAAAAAUCCAGGAAUUUUAUACGCAGUAAAUUCCUUGCGAAGCCAUAAAGAAAUACACAGAUCUUCUUUAAAACGUAAAGUGAAUGAUUCUUUAACAGAAAGCACUCGUAGCUACAAGUCUGCUUCAACUUCGAGCUCUGACACGUCUGACGAUUCGUCGGUCUUUUGGAAAGAGUUUCCAAGAAACCACGAUUGUUGUGAUAUUGGACUGGCAGUUCCAACACCAUGUAAUUCACCAAAAGACUGUGCUGCCAAUGAAUGCUGUAUCAAUAUAAUACAGCCUGAUGGAAAAAGAUUUGUUGACCUUAGGAUGCAAGGACGCUGUCAACAACUUGGAACUGAAACAUCAGAAUGUUCCGUUAGAUAUGGUUCAGCAUCAUAUCCACCUGACCAACUGGCAUUUGAGUGUCCAUGUAGCUCACCAUUAAUAUGUAAAGGCAGAGGUAUUUAUGAUAUGCCUCUCGGAGAACUAGGUUAUUGUACAGAUCCGCAGUAG